AUGGCGGGGAAGCAGUUCCCCUCGCUGGCGCACGCGCGCCCCGCCUCCUCCCGCUGCCUGCUCGCCGUCGGCGCGCUCCUCCUCCUCUCCGCCGUCUACUUCGUCCUCCUCGCCCCCUCCCCGCCGCGCCCCGUCCCCGGCCCACUCUCCAACCCUAGCGCCGCCACCACCUCCUUCGUCGCCUCCCUCGACCGCUUCCUCGACUCCCCGCCCCGACCCGCCGCUUCCCCCGCGGCCCCCGCGGACCUCGACGCCGCGAUCCGGACGCAGGAGGAGGCCCGGCUGUACGGGGACCCCGGGAGCGCGUGGCCGGCGGCACCGGCGCCGCUCAGGGUCUACGUCUACGAGAUGCCGCGCAAGUUCACCUACGAUCUGCUCAGGCUCUUCAGGGACUCGUACCGCCAGACGGACAACCUCACCUCCAACGGGAGCCCCGUGCACAGGCUCAUCGAGCAGCAUUCUAUUGACUACUGGCUGUGGGCUGAUCUCAUUGCUCCUGAAUCACAACGACUUUUGAAGAAUGUUAUCAGGGUUGAGCGGCAAGAAGAAGCAGACAUUUUCUAUGUCCCAUUCUUCACAACAAUCAGCUACUUCUUGCUGGAGAAACAAGAAUGCAAGGCACUUUAUAGGGAAGCAUUGAAGUGGGUGACUGAUCAACCUGCUUGGAAACGCUCGGAAGGCAGAGACCAUAUUAUUCCAGUUCAUCACCCAUGGUCUUUUAAGUCAGUCAGGAGAUUCGUGAAGAAAGCAAUAUGGCUUCUGCCUGAUAUGGAUUCUACCGGGAACUGGUACAAACCUGGGCAAGUAUAUCUGGAAAAGGAUGUUAUCCUUCCAUAUGUCCCAAAUGUUGAUCUUUGUGAUUAUAAGUGUGUGUCAGAAACUCAAUCUAAAAGAAGCACGCUGCUGUUCUUUCGAGGAAGACUGAAGAGAAAUGCUGGUGGUAAGAUUCGGAGUAGUCUUGUGACAGAAUUAAAAAAUGUAGAAGACAUAGUCAUAGAAGAAGGGACUGCUGGAGUUGAGGGAAAAGUGGCAGCUCAGAAUGGCAUGCGCAAGUCUCUCUUUUGCUUGAAUCCAGCUGGGGAUACCCCAUCUUCUGCUCGCUUGUUUGAUGCAAUUGUUAGUGGAUGUAUUCCAGUUAUAGUAAGUGAUGAGCUAGAACUUCCUUUUGAAGGAAUACUUGACUACAGAAAGAUAGCAUUGUUUGUUUCAUCAAAUGAUGCUGUGCAACCUGGCUGGCUGGUGAAGUACCUAAGAGGAAUCGAUACCAAAAUAGUUAAGGAAAUGCAAUCUAAUCUUGUCAAGUACUCAAGGCAUUUUAUCUAUUCAAGUCCAGCUCAGCCCCUUGGACCAGAAGACCUUACAUGGAGAAUGAUUGCUGGUAAGCUGGUAAACAUCAAGUUGCAUAUUCAGCGUUCACACCGUGUGGUCAGAGAAUCUAGGAGCUUAUGCACUUGCGAGUGUCGAGUUGGGAACAUCACGAGGCUGCUCUAAAGUCUGAACCGUUUCUCCUUGUACCCAAUUUCCCAAACAGUCAUUCUUUAGUCAUUGUUAGCGUACAUGUGCCACGUUCUUUUGUGAGAUCGACGGUAGUUUUGACCCGCCCCCUCGUCCCUGUCCCUUGUGUGUAGUUGGUGUAACUGAUGCUACAGUGACAUAUCCCAUUGUAGCUAACCAAUGAUGAGACAAACUGGAGUAAGUGUAUUCUAACGGAUUUCUAGUAAUUGUAUACAUGCUAUGCGCAUGUCUCAUCUAUGAGCAAAGAUUUUUUCUUGGUGUGA